GCCGUUGUUAUGUGUUAUCAUUAAAUUUCAUUCCAGAAAUAAAGAAAAAGUAAAUUUUUCAGUAUAAAACUGCAUUUAAAACCAGCACUAUAGGACUAUAAUUACUCAUAGAUGACGAGUAAAAAAAAAUGACGAAGUCGAAAUUAGAAAACGAAAUCUAAAUAUAAAAUAACCGAUGAAUGCAAUCGUGAGGGAAUAAUGAAUACUUAGUUGCAUGAAGUAAUCGAUUUGCAUCAUUCAAACAGUGACUUUGAGAAAUUCAGAAAGCUUUCGUCUUCAAUUAUUGAUUUUUCGCUUGUGCAACAUCCAGGAUAAGUUCCAUAAUGAUUCCUAUAGCCGCUUUUCAGUUAAUACAUUCCAUAAUUGCAUGAAAUGAAUAGUGAUAAUUAAAAAUGUCUGCAAAUUUGUAAUUCUUUUGUUUUAGGAUAAAAGCAUUCGAACCGAGUCACGGUAUGACGGACAGCAAAUACUUUACCACCACCAAAAAGGGUGAAAUCUUCGAACUGAAAUCCGAAUUAAACAAUGACAAAAAAGAGAAAAAGAAGGAAGCAGUGAAAAAGGUCAUUGCAAGCAUGACAGUAGGAAAAGAUGUUUCAGCUCUUUUUCCAGAUGUUGUUAAUUGUAUGCAGACAGAUAACUUGGAGUUGAAAAAGCUCGUUUAUUUGUACUUGAUGAACUAUGCGAAAUCUCAGCCUGACAUGGCCAUCAUGGCAGUCAAUACUUUUGUUAAGGAUUGUGAAGAUUCAAAUCCACUCAUCCGUGCUUUAGCAGUGAGAACAAUGGGAUGCAUUCGUGUUGAUAAAAUCACUGAAUAUCUUUGCGAGCCAUUGCGGAAAUGUCUGAAAGAUGAAGAUCCAUAUGUUCGCAAAACAGCAGCAGUUUGUGUCGCGAAACUUUACGACAUUUCAAGUUCAAUGGUUGAGGAUCAAGGUUUCCUCGAUCAAUUGAAAGAUCUUUUGUCAGACUCUAAUCCAAUGGUUGUCGCAAAUGCAGUUGCAGCUUUAAGUGAAAUUAACGAAGCUUCAGCAUCAGGACAACCACUUGUCGAACUCAAUUCCGCUACUAUUAAUAAACUUUUAACUGCACUCAACGAAUGCACUGAAUGGGGUCAAGUCUUCAUUCUCGAUUCUCUUGCUAAUUACACGCCGAAAGAUGAACGCGAAGCUCAAUCAAUCUGUGAACGAAUAACGCCACGUUUAGCUCAUGCAAAUGCAGCUGUUGUGUUGAGUGCUAUUAAAGUAUUGAUGAAGUUACUUGAGAUUUUAUCAUCUGACAGUGACUUUUGUGCCACAUUGACAAAGAAGUUGGCUCCACCACUUGUCACUUUAUUGUCAUCCGAACCAGAAGUUCAAUACGUCGCUUUACGAAACAUCAACUUGAUCGUACAAAAACGUCCCGACAUCUUGAAGCACGAAAUGAAAGUCUUCUUCGUUAAGUACAACGAUCCAAUUUAUGUAAAGUUGGAGAAAUUGGACAUCAUGAUUCGUUUGGCAAAUCAAAGCAACAUCGCUCAAGUAUUAAGUGAACUCAAAGAAUAUGCAACAGAAGUCGAUGUUGAUUUCGUACGAAAAGCUGUUAGAGCGAUUGGUCGAUGUGCAAUUAAAGUCGAGCCAUCGGCUGAACGUUGUGUGUCAACAUUACUUGAAUUAAUUCAGACGAAAGUCAACUACGUUGUGCAAGAAGCAAUUGUCGUCAUUAAAGAUAUUUUCCGUAAAUAUCCGAAUAAAUAUGAGAGCAUCAUCAGCACAUUAUGUGAGAAUCUUGACACAUUGGAUGAGCCAGAAGCACGAGCAUCGAUGGUUUGGAUUAUUGGGGAAUAUGCUGAACGUAUUGACAAUGCUGACGAGUUAUUGGACAGCUUUUUGGAAGGUUUCCAAGACGAAAAUGCUCAAGUUCAAUUGCAAUUGUUGACAGCUGUCGUCAAAUUGUUCUUGAAACGACCAGCUGACACUCAGGAACUCGUACAACACGUUUUAUCACUUGCUACACAAGACAGUGACAAUCCUGAUCUCCGUGAUCGUGGUUUCAUCUAUUGGCGUCUGUUAUCAACUGAUCCAGCUGCUGCGAAAGAAGUUGUCUUGGCUGAUAAGCCUUUAAUUUCCGAAGAAACUGAUUUACUCGAACCGACAUUGUUGGAUGAACUUAUCUGCCACAUAAGUUCAUUAGCGAGUGUUUAUCACAAGCCACCGACAGCUUUUGUCGAAGGAAGAAGUGCUGGUGUCAGGAAGUCACUUCCAAAUCGUGUUGCCGAAAGUGAUUCGAACAAUCACCAUGAAGCUACUGUCAUUCCAAAUCAAGAAUCUCUCAUUGGAGAUUUACUUUCAAUGGACAUUGGAGCACCAAUGCCACCAGUAGUUCCAUCAGCUGCACCUACAAGUAAUAUUGAUCUUCUGAGUGGUGGAUUGGACAUUUUAUUAGGCGGUGGACCGCCAGCUGCCGAUCCAAUCGGCACUACGGGUUUACUUGGUGAUAUCUUCGGACUUAACACAACCACCAACACAAUGGUAUCAGUUCCGAAGAUCACAUGGCUCCCAGCUGAGAAAGGAAAAGGUCUUGAGAUUCAAGGAACAUUUGCGAGAAGAGGUGGACACGUUUUCAUGGACAUGACAUUUACAAAUAAAGCGAUGCAAGCAAUGAAUGGUUUUGCUAUUCAAUUGAACAAAAACAGUUUCGGUUUAGUUCCUGGUGCGCCACUUCAAGUUCCAUCUCUUCCACCUUCGCAGACUGCUGAAGUUUCACUUCAAUUGAAUGCUACUGGGCCAGUUCAACGAAUGGAGCCGAUCAACAAUCUUCAGAUUGCUGUUAAGAACAAUGUUGAUGUGUUUUACUUUGCUUGCUUAGUUCACGGUCACACGUUGUUCGCUGAAGAUGGACAAUUGGAUAAGAGAGUCUUCUUAUCAACAUGGAAAGAAAUUCCAGCUGCCAAUGAAGUUCAAUACAACUUACAUGGAAUUGUUGGCAAUGCUGAUGCUGUUGCUGCUCGAAUGACUGCAAAUAAUGUCUUCACAAUUGCGAAAAGAAAUGUGGAAGGUCAAGACAUGUUAUAUCAGUCACUGAAGCUGGAAAACAAUGUUUGGGUGUUGCUUGAGUUGAAAUUGGCACCAGGAAGUUCCGAAGGCACACUCAGCUUAAAAUCAAGAUCUGUUGAAGUUGCGCAAAUGAUUUUCACAGCUUAUGACAUCAUCAUUAAAUCUUCUUAAGCAGAAAAAUUCUUUUUUUUAUUAUUAUUGUAUUUCUUGCACUAUUAAUGAUAACAUUUAGCAUAUAUCUAUGUAUGUAAUCUAUGUUGGAAUGUGAGACAAGAUUUGUGUAGCAACUUAGUUUUACCAACAACAAUUUAUUAUCUUAUCGCUCGAGUUUAUUGAUUAUUCGCAAGAAACAAAAAAUAUUCCAAUAAAACUGUUGUAAUCUUCA